CGAGCCCGGCCCCUUCCCGGCAGGUCUCAAAGAGCCCGCCGACGGCCUCCCCGGGGCCUUCCAGACCGCGUCCCCGGCCCCCGGAGCCUGCCCCAAGUCCGCCUCCCCAGCGUCCGGCCUCCCCGCCGCUCUCAGCACCUUCGAGUGGAUGAAAGUGAAGAGGAACGCCCCCAAGAAAAGCAAACUCGCCGAGUAUGGAGCCGCUAGCCCCUCCAGCGCGAUCCGCACGAAUUUCAGCACCAAGCAACUGACAGAACUGGAGAAGGAGUUUCAUUUCAAUAAGUACUUAACUCGAGCCCGACGCAUCGAGAUAGCCAACUCCUUGCAGUUGAAUGACACCCAAGUCAAAAUCUGGUUCCAGAACCGCAGGAUGAAACAGAAGAAAAGAGAAAGAGAAGGGCUUUUGCCCUCGGCCACCUCUGUGGCUUCCCUCCAACUUACCUUCUCAGGCAAGAACCUAGGGAGCCCUUCUCAGGUCCAAGAGCCCUCAUGAGAUUUAGUCUUGAGGCUGAGGAAACUUGGCCUGCAGAAGUCAUAGGCCAGCCCACCCCUGCCUAGACGUACCAGCUCAGUUUGGGGUGGAAGUGGGCCUGUGCAGAAAGAGAGGUUUCACUUGGGAAAGGAAGUAUCUUAGUCGACUUCUGAGUUCCAGGCGGUGGGUGUACAGAUACUAAUUGGAGGUCUCUUCAGCCACUCAUAUGUGUUUUAUCUGUGUCUUAUCAGGGAGAAGGUGCCUAGCUGCCAGCCCAACCCUGCUGCUAUGUUGCCUUAGUCAGAUGCAAUUCCUGGGUGCGGAGUGGCAGUGCAGUAGUUGCAGAGCUCUAGCAACCCCCUAAUGUGCUCCAAAGAGCGUCUACCCAAAGUUUUUCUGGUUUUAAUUUAAAGGACAAGGCUACCUGUAUUCAGCUUCUUGAGAUGACCAAAGCUAGUUAGAGCUUCCCUGAUGUAGCUAAGCUGCUUCAAUGAUGAUCUUCACAUUUGCACUCCAGUUUCGUUUUUCUUUAAGAAGCAGUUUCUACCUCUCCAUGUGCCUGAGUGAAGAUACAAUCGCUGUUUAGUUAGUAGCUGAACAAAGCCACAAGGUGGGUAAAGAUUAGAACCUGAACUAAACCUUGAUUCCAGUUACUCAAACUUGAAUGUAAAUAUAUACAGUAUGUAUAUUUUUAAAAAGGUUUGCUUGAAAUGAACAUAUAUGACAUUUAAUGUCAUAGCAUGUAAAAGGUUUGAACUGUUUUAUAAUAAAAAUUACAGAAUAUA